UCACAGCUGAUACUUCGAGGAGCAAUUUAUUGUGACUUCCAUCAGAUCGAAAUGAAACGCGGCCAAGCAGAAGGGACAAGGACGCUGAAAUAACUCAAAGGAGGACGAUAAAGCUCAUCUGAGAUGCUCGACCUUUUUCUCGUCCAGAUAUUUCACAGCAAGGAAUUAGUGUCCGGUGUUUGUGUUUCAAUGCACUUCUCUCGUUCUAUUCUUAUAACGAAAAAAAUCAUUUUGACUCUGAACUAAGUCGAAUCAGAUGCAACGGUUUUAUGGACUGCGCGUCCAGAGAGUCACUCACAGGAUUACCAGUGUCAGUGUGUGAGCCAGUGACAUCCUCAUCUGAGAAGCACGGGGGAGACAGCUUCUCCCACAGACUCCAGGACUUCAUAAACUGUCCAUAGGCUAUAAGAUCAUAUGAGUGCAGCUUUCAGCACACCGUUCAUGAUGAUGCAGCGUCCGGUGGGAAGCACCACUGCAUUCAGCAUUGACUCGCUCAUCGGAGGUCCACCGCAGCCCAGUCCGGGACAUUUCGUGUACACGGGCUAUCCCAUGUUUAUGCCCUAUCGGUCAGUGGUGCUACCUCCGCCUCCUCCACCACCUCCUCCAACUCUUCCUCAGAGCGGUCUCCCCGCGACCCAUCCGCACCACCCGAUCCCUGGGUUACCCAGCGGGUUCUGCUCCAGCCUGGCGCUCACAUCCACGCUAAUGGCCACGUUACCCGGCGGCUUCUCCACCUCGCCAUCUCAGCAGCACCAGGACGCGGCGAGGAAGCUCGGCUCUCAGUCUAUUCACGCCAUGUUCGAUAAAUCUCAGGACAUUCGUUUGGAUGGAGAAGAUGGGAAAACGUUUCCAACGAAAGAUUCAGCGACCCUUCCGUCAUUUCACGACUCGCAGUCCGUUCACACUUCUACAGUGCGAGGUCACAACAAAGACGACACGAAGGAGGAUGAGUGUCACAGGAAAGAUGAGAGCUUCUCCAUGGACAGUGAUUUAGAUUACAGCUCCGAUGAUAACGGGCCCGGUAACGCCAUGUGUCAGAAGGAAGAUGGAGACGCCAACGGAGGACUGGACGAUGGCGUCCACGGCGGGAAUGGGGCUGGGAACACCACGUCCACCGGGAAAAAUCGGAGAAGGAGGACCGCUUUUACGAGCGAGCAGCUCUUAGAACUGGAGAAGGAGUUUCACUGUAAGAAAUAUCUGUCCCUCACAGAACGCUCGCAGAUCGCCCAUGCCUUAAAGCUCAGCGAGGUGCAGGUCAAGAUCUGGUUUCAGAACCGGAGAGCCAAGUGGAAACGCGUCAAAGCGGGCAAUGUGAACUCCAAAACUGGAGAGCACUCGAGAAACCCGAAAAUUGUGGUGCCCAUUCCGGUGCAUGUUAGUCGGUUUGCAAUACGCAGCCAACACCAACAGUUAGAACAGGCCAGACCUUGAUAUACUGAGUUUAGAUACUAGAGGACUACGAGACAAAUCAGCGAAUACUAAAUAUGACCAAACUCUUCUUGAGGCUGAUGUUUCUAAGGAACCCAGGACACGCAAAUCUAUCCAGCUGAUAGUUUGUGCUAUAUAUAUAUACAUAUAUAUAUAGUUUUUUUCGUUUAAACAACAGCGUUGUUCACACGAGGAAAAAGAAGCAACAGACUCAAUUCGAACUAAGACCUCAUACUGGGAGAAACUACAGUUUUAUUUCCAGCUUUGGACCAAACCACAAACAACUUUUAAUUCAGGAAAUUCCACUAUGUAUUUAAAAGAAAAUAAUCGGUUUCAUGUUUAGUUUUGUGUGACUGUCUUGUUUCAUGUGGUUUUGGCAGAGAUGAAUAUUAUCCUAAAAGGAGCACUUCUGGUCUCUGCUGAAGAACAAAAUAUAAUUCAGUUAAAUUAAUUAGUAAAAUUAACACCGUUCCCUCGAAUUUAUAAAACGACCUGUUAAAUAUGUGCUCUUUAUUUUUUAUGAUAAAUAGCCUAUAUUUUAUUUUAUUUUAUUUUAUAUUUUUUUAUUUUUUAUUUCUUGCAUUCAUUUUCCUUUUUUUCUGUAACCUUUUCAGACGUCACGGGCACGCUGCUAAUUUAUUUAAUAUUGUGAGAAAAAAAAAAACUUGCUAACGUUUCAUGAAUUUACUGACUACCGAAUAUUGUGUGGAUUAAACUGGACCAUAAACAAAUGCAAAGAAA